AUGCCCGCGAUGGAGCCGGCGAGCCUGCUGCGGUUCCUGCGGAAGCUCAAGGAGGUUUUCGACGUGUGCGACGAGGAUGCGGACGGCUUCAUCCGGGUGGAGCACUUCGUCGCGCUGGGGCUGCAGUUCGGCCAAGGGGAUGAGGUGGAAAAACUGGCAAAGUACUUGGACCCAAAUGAUUUGGGAAGAAUCAAUUUUAAGGACUUCUGUCAUGGAGUUUUUGCUAUCAAAGGCUGUGAAGAGUUACUAAAAGAUGUCCUGUCUCCUGAAAACGCUGGGCCUCGACACUACGAGCCACAGUAUGUUGAUUACUAUUACCAGGGUGGUGAAAUCCAGGACUGUGCCUACUUGGACAGCGAAAGCGCCUACAGCGAGUUGGAGCUCUUUCCUGAUGACGACACAAUGACUCUAGCACAGCAAGAGGUUCACCAUGAGUCUGACAUGGACAGUGCUAUUGAGAGUGCCCAGAGCUCGGAGGCCUCCGAUGUGUGUCGGAGCGAGGAGAAGGAUGGUGUGCUUGGUGGCCUGUUUCUGCCUGGUGACAAGUCAAGUCCUCACAACCCUUCUGCAGCAUCUGACCUUUCAACUUAUUCCACCGCCUCUCUGAUCAGUAAUGAAGAACAGUUUGAAGACUAUGGGGAAGGAGAUGAUGUGGAUUUUACUCCCAGUAGCCCAUGCCCUGAUGAUGAGACCAGAACCAACGCCUACUCUGACCUUGGCUCAUCUGUAUCUUCCAGUGCUGGCCAAACACCCCGAAAAAUGAGGCAUGUUUAUAACAGCGAGUUACUGGAUGUUUACUGCUCACAGUGCUGCAAAAAGAUAAAUCUACUCAACGAUUUGGAGGCCAGGCUGAAAAACUUGAAAGCAAACAGCCCUAACAGGAAAAUAUCAAGCACAGCUUUUGGAAGGCAACUCUUCCACAACAGUAACUUCAGCAGCAGUAAUGGCAGCACAGAAGACCUGUUCAGAGACAGUAUAGACUCCUGUGAUAAUGAUAUAACUGAAAAGGUAACAUACCUAGAAAAAAAGGUGACAGAACUGGAGAACGAUAGCCUGACAAAUGGUGACCUGAAGAGUAAACUGAAACAAGAGAACACGCAGCUAGUUCACAGAGUUCAUGAGCUGGAAGAACUACUGAAAGACCAAGAGACAUCAGCAGAACAGACCCUGGAGGAAGAGAUAAAGAGACAUCGAGAAGCAUAUAGCAAGUAUGAAAAAGAGAAAGGCACUGAAAUUGAACUGCUGAAUACAAGGGUUCAGCAACUGGAAGAAGAAAAUGGUGAGCUGAAAAGCACUGUCACACGACUGAAAUCACAAACGGAGAGAUUAGAUGAGGAAAGGCAACGCAUGUCAGAUAGGUUGGAAGACACUAGUCUGCGACUGAAGGAUGAGAUGGAUUUGUACAAGAGAAUGAUGGACAAGCUGCGGCAGAACAGACUGGAAUUUAACAAGGAGAGGGAAGCCACACAGGAGCUCAUUGAAGACUUGCGGAAGGAACUGGAGCACUUGCAGCUGUAUAAGCUGGAAUGUGAGCGUCCUGGACGUGGGAGAAGUUCUUCAUCCAGCGUGAGUGAAUUCAAUGCCAAAACUAGAGAGGUGGAAAUGGAGCAUGAAAUAAAACGGCUGAAGCAGGAGAAUCAGAAACUUCGUGACCAAAAUGAUGAUCUUAAUGGACAGAUCCUAAGUCUUAGUCUUUAUGAAGCUAAAAAUCUCUUUGCAACGCAAACAAAAGCCCAGUCACUGGCUGCUGAAAUUGAUUCUGCAUCUAGAGAUGAGCUCAUGGAAGCCCUUAAAGAACAGGAAGAAAUAAAUUACAGAUUGCGACAGUAUAUGGACAAGAUCAUUUUGGCAAUCCUAGACCACAACCCAUCUAUUUUGGAAAUAAAGAAUUGA